AUAAGAACAAAGAAAAAAGAAAAAAAGAGCUAUAACUGUUGUCGAGCAAAAACAGAGAAUCCACAACACAAGGGAAGAUGGCGAGUGUUUCGAUCAAAACCCUACAUUUCAUUAUCUGCUCCAAAACGCCACCUUCAAACCACACCAAAGCCCUCUUCUCUCUCCCAACCAGCAGCAGUAGCAGAAUUCCACUCUCUAUAACUAGAAAUAACAAGAAGAAGGUAGAAUUCCUUCUUCAAAGAGCCCGGGCUUCUUCAACCGACGGUGUAGAUCUUGCCGAUGGUGACGACAACCCGGAAGGAAUCAUCUCCGGAGAAUGGUCCCAGAAUUUCUCCCUUCUCAGCUACGACGACUUGCGAGCUUAUUUAGAGCCUGAGAUCUUCAAGGACAAGAUGCAACCUUCUGCUCUAUUGGGAGAGGUCAUGUCGACCCUGAUACGGACCGUGACUGUCGAUCAGACGCUGGAGGAGAUCGACCAUCACUUUGAAGUGGUAUCGGGGCUUCCCGUCAUCAAUGAGGAGUUAGUUUGCAUUGGAGUCGUGUCCAAGAAAGACAAACAAGAAGCUUCAAAUGGGUUGAAGUCGAAGGUGGGUGAAAUCAUGUCAUCUCCUGCCAUAACGCUAUCACCUGACAAGACUGUUCUGGAUGCUGCGGCUUUGAUGCUGAAGAUGAAAAUCCAUAGGAUACCAAUUGUGAAUGAGGGAGGCCAAGUUGUAGGCAUAGUCACUCGCACUGACAUUUUCAAAGCAUUGGAGGGCCUGCCAGCAUGAGUACCUGUUAUUCUCAGUUUUUUAAAGCAUCGCCUGUGAGCAUAGUGGAGGUAGGUUUUUUGUAAAUUAUAAAGUUGUUGCUUGUCUUCUAUGUAUGUAUAUUAUGCUUGGUGCAUGGAGACAGGACAUGAAUUAAUUAGUAUACCAUGAUGCUCAUAACAUGACAAUCUAUCUUCCCAAAUAAAGACUGAUAAUGUACCAAA